ACCCAACAACAGUAAGAACAUACAUGACCGUCACAGCCCUUGUACCCAACAAUAACAAGACACUGAAGGUGUCUACAGUCUGAGAAUCAUCAUGUUUUCUGCUGCCAAGCACCGCAGUUUCUUAGCAACAGCCGCAAAUAAAAGAUUAGUAACUUUUUUCUGUGGCAGUGUUGGAGAGUGCUUGAGGGUGAACAAUAAACCCAAGUUACACUCAUCUUCACUCUCAGUACUAAACUGUAGCUGGGUACAUAACUCGUGUAAUGUUCUUCACCCAGGUAGAUAUUAUAGUAGUCAUCAGUUACACUGGUAUAGUUUUAGUACUAGACAAGACUUUAGACAAUAUUGCAGUGUUGAGACGUCGUCUAGUACCCUGGACACUAGUGUUGAAGUGAAGGAGAAAAGAAACCUGCCCCCGGGCCCGGGACUACACUAUUUUAUUGCAAAUAAUAAUCAUUUUGAGAAGGGAACAAGGAACUUUUCUAAAAGAGAGUUAGAGAUGGUUUCUCACCCAUAUGUAGAUGUUACUGAUAUUAAUGGUAAUGGUCGCAAGGUAUACUUUGAUGUGUAUGGUUGCCAGAUGAACGUGAGUGAUGCCGAGCUGGCUUGGUCUAUUCUUAAUAAACAUGGCUAUGUCCUGACCAAUAAGAGAGAGAACGCUGACGUAGUGUUGGUUGUCACCUGCUCUAUCCGGGAAGGAGCCGAACAGAAAGUUUAUAAUAAGCUUGACUAUCUUCAAGGCUUGAAAAACAAGCGCUCGUUAAACAAGAAAUUUGUACCAAUGAAGAUUGGAGUGUUGGGAUGUAUGGCUGAGAGACUUAAGAAGAAACUUGUAGAACAAGAGAGAAGCAUAGAUGUGGUCGCUGGUCCUGACAGUUAUAGGGAUCUCCCAAGGCUCCUGGCGCUUGCUGAUGGAGGCGAAGCUGCUGUUAAUGUUUUGUUGUCUCUGGAGGAAACGUAUGCCGACAUCGUGCCUGUGAGUCUGUCUACAAAUAGAAUGUCAGCAUUUGUCUCCAUAAUGCGUGGAUGUGACAAUAUGUGUACAUACUGUAUUGUGCCUUUUACUCGAGGUCGAGAACGUUCGAGAAAUAUUGAAUCAAUUCUCGAGGAAGUGCAUUACUUAUCAGAUCAAGGAAUAAAAGAGAUAACUCUCUUAGGUCAGAAUGUGAACAGUUACCGAGAUACAUCACAUGUGCACCAUGCAGGUCUUUCAGUUCAUGAUGCUGGAGACACUCAUUUGGUUAAGGGAUUCAAAACCAUAUACAAACAGAAGAAGGGAGGACUGAGGUUUGCGCACCUCCUGGACAAAGUUUCUCAAGUUGAUCCUGAAAUGCGUAUUAGAUUUACCUCUCCACACCCUAAAGACUUCCCAGAUGAAGUGUUAUACUUGGUUAAGGAGAGAGAGAACAUUUGUAAACACAUUCACUUGCCAGCUCAGUGUGGUAGUACAAGAAUCUUGCAACUCAUGCGAAGAGGAUAUACUAGAGAAGCUUAUUGUGAGUUAGUGACUCAUAUUCGGUCCAUCAUCCCAGAUGUAUCCUUGUCUUCAGAUUUUAUUUGUGGGUUUUGCUCAGAAACAGAAGCAGAGUUUGAAGAAACUCUAACAUUAAUGGAAGAAGAAAAAUACAACUUUGCUACUUUUUCCUUUACAGAAAUUGUUGAUCCUGUCUAUUGA